GAAAAUACCAUUCUCUUGCUGCCAUCCAGUGUUAGUGCUUCGAUUCAAACGUCGACUUGCCGUGAUGAUAUUGCCUGCAUCGAAGAGAAACUUCGUGAUGCUCAAUGUCACGACUGUCUCUACAAACUCCAAAAUGCCCUGCGUGCCAGAGUUCAUCUCAUCAAACACAGGAAUAGGGAAACCUGUGGUCAAAGGGCCAACACUUGUGCAGCAUCCAUAAUUAGUCGCUUGGAUGGCAAGAUCAAGAUGAUAGCUGACAAGUAUCGCACCGCUCAUGAGUGUUUGAUCGUGUUGUGA